GCCGAUACUUGAAGCUCGGAAUUGCAAAAAAGAAAAGUAGGACUCAGGAGAAUCCCAAUUUGUUUUCCUUGGGAAAUAACUUAGAAAAUGUCUCUGAGGCAUCGUCAUCUCAGACAAAUUUCUAGCCUUUUGCCCCGUUUUUCCUCAGGCUAUCAUUAUCAACCGUCUACACGAUCACUCAACUCAGUAGCUUCCUCCUCGAAUCGUUUCCUUCAUGAAUGCAAUGAAAUGAGCAAUAGAUUUUCCGAGAGAUUUUCAGUCUCUUUCAGGCACUCGACAAUUGCACAACCAUCUCAGGACCCUCCUUUUGAAUUCCAUUUGUUGUCUUUCAUUGAAUCCGCUUUUGAUCAGCUUCAAGGUCCUCAUCAUUGCUGGUUAAAUAGAGUUGACGAAAACAAGGAUUCGUUAAAAAAGGAUGGGACGUUUUUAAUUGUUGCCACAAGGUUCUUUGAGAAUUCGGAGAAAGUAGGAUGUGAUGUGGUUGUUAUAUUUGAAAAAGUGAAGUUACUUCAGCAGAGGUUUCCUUGGCUACGAGUUAUUGGUUUCCAGGAUUGCAGUUCACUUUGCUCUGCUGAUGAUCGAAGUCAACUUGUUCAAUUGAUAAUGAAAGAAUACAUUACUAUUCCGCUUUUGUUGUCAAACAAGAGCUUUUCUGAGUUGGGAGAUGGAGCAUGCUACAUUUUAUCUAAAGAUUUUAAGAAUCCUCUAAUUUUCCAUGAGAAGGACCUGGAGCUAGCAAUGCUUAACAAAGUCAUUGAGGAGUUAAGCACGCAAAACCAAGUCAAUUCUAUUGCACUUCAUAACUUGAAAAGCUCCUGGUCAAAAGAAGCAGAGAUCAUUAAGGAACCCCAUUUUUGCUCUGCACUGCAGAAUUUACUUCUUUACUUCCCAGCAUGCAUCUCUGUGGAUGAAAGUGGCGAGCGUCUGUUCCUUUCUGACAGCAAUCACCACCGGAUAAUCAUAUUUGAUGGAGAUGGGAAGAUUUUGGACAGUAUUGGUUCUUGCCCAGGUUUUGAGGAUGGGGAAUUCGAGUCUGCAAAGCUGCUUCGCCCAGCUGCUUCCUUUUAUCAUGCCACUGAAGAUCUCCUGUAUAUUGUGGAUUCGGAGAAUCAUGCCAUCAGGAGAGCUGAUUUGGAAAGGAGGGUUUUGGAGACGGUUUAUCCAACAUCUAGCCUCAACAAGAAAAGUAAUAGUUUGUGGACGUGGAUCAGAGAUAAGCUGGGUUUUGGAAGUGAUGCUGAUGUGAAGUAUGAAAAGCAUGGUUCCCAUACACUAUUGUGUCCUUGGCAUCUGAUAAAGUCUGAGGAUAAUAAUUUUUUAAUUAUCAGCCGAAGCUUUCAAACUUUAUGGGUCAUGGAAUUUGCAUCGGGAGAAAUAAUAGAAGUUGUCAAAGGAUUUCCAAAUAUUUUGGAGCUCUGCAGACACUUGAUCAUGGAGAAAUUAUCCCUCUUGAAAAAGAUGCCAGAUUAUCUGUUGCAAGAUCAAACUGAUACUAACUUAGCACUAGAGGGGUUUCCAUAUACUGGUCUCAUAUCAAGUGUUACAACCUUCCAAAAUCACGUAGUCAUGUGUGACACUGUUGGCCAGGGAGUUCUGAAACUAAGUAGAGAAUCUGGAAUCUGUUCAAGUUUCCAGUUUUCUAAUCUGAGGAUCCUUGGACUCCCCUAUUGGUUGUCCUUCCCUCUGGAAAGAUUUUAUGCCGCUGCUGCAGGACUUUCCACAGGACAAACUGAUCAUAUUCAGCAAUUGAGUUUGUUGCCAGGAAGGGUUGACAUUCAGUUAAGCAUAGACAUCCCUGCAGACACUGAACUGGUAGAACCUUUGGAUGAAAGUUGCAUAUGGUGCCAGGCAAGGGGGGCUGCUACUGAAGUCUCGGUAGUGGAGGGUGUGGCAGGAUCCGCAGAGAAGGUUGGUGUUGCUCAACAAUGGUAUGAUGAACUGGACAAUCUUGCCUUUUCAACUCCUGAAUCAGAAUUGGUAAUGGAGGAUGAUAUUGCUACUACAGAUACAAAUUCUGAAGAUCAAAGAAUUCACAUUGAUUGUGUUGUUAACACAAGUCCUGGAACAAGCGAGGUUAUCAUUUAUGCAGCACUGUAUCUAAAACUUAGAAGAAAUCCUGUUUUACAAGAUGACAAUCAGGAGAAAUUCGCCGCAAGGGUAGCAGAGAUUUUAAACCCUGAGAGAAUUGAAGACUUUGGUGCCAAUUCUUGCAUUCAAUUCUUGUUAAAAUCUAACAUAGAUUUGAGAGACUUCAUAUUCAUAAAACCUUUGCAUGUGAGAAUAAAAUUUAAUUGUCAAGAUCACCCAAAAGCUGAUAAUUCAAAAGACAUCAUCUUAACAGACUCCUCCAUUAAUAUUGAUGUAUCCCUGAAGGCAUGAUCGCUGCUGCUCUGUUAACUCCAAGUAUGUCACAUCCCUGUAAUCUAGAACUGUUGUAUUUAUUUUUUUGGGAAAAUUAUGUAAUAAUAAUCCCUUCCAUUUUUUUUCAUCA